AUGGGCCGAUCUCCCUGCUGUGAUAAAAUCGGAGUAAAGAAAGGUCCAUGGUCUCCUCAAGAAGAUCGAAUACUCAUUCAUUUUAUUCGCAUGAAUGGCCAUGAGAAUUGGCGUGCACUGCCUAAGCAAGCAGGACUGUUAAGAUGCGUUAAAAGCUGUCGUCUAAGGUGGGUUAAUUACCUCAGACCAGACAUUAAACGUGGGAAUUUCACUUCUGAAGAGGAGGAGACUAUUAUUAAGCUUCAUCAACUUCUGGGCAACAGGUGGUCGGCCAUUGCUUCACGCCUUCCUGGAAGAACAGAUAAUGAGAUUAAAAACUUGUGGAAUAUUCAUUUAAAGAAGCGGGUGGGACUUGAUCCGGUAACAAAUCAUUCAAAGUCGCACACUGAGAAAAGUUUAUCAAUGGAGAAGGGCAAUUUAGGUCUAAUUCAAGCAAAAGCUUUGGUUGAUUCGCCCACCAGAAUCUCUAAUUCUUCCGACACAUUGUAUGAUUCACACAAUCUGUCAAGCGAAAACCUUUCAUCUAUAAAUAGUAUAGAUAGUGAGCUUGUGAAUGAGAAUUCAAGUUCAACUUUAGAUUGGCUUGAAUCCAGUUCAAUAAAUUCCUUUGAUGACCCAUUUAUUAUUGAAAAGCAGGAGUAUGCAACCGAAAGGAGGACAUAUGAGGCAGUGUGGGAGGAUAGCUCAAAUGGGGAAGCUCACUUUAUCACGUCAGACUAUCUAGAAGAUGAUUUCAUGAGCUGCAUGGAUGGUGCCGAUACAGAUCCCCAUUUGCUAAAAAAUACAGAUGGUGCAAACAUAGAUUCCCAUUUGCUAAAAGACUUAGAGUUGCAGAGUAAUACUGAUGAUUCAGAUUGCUUUGGUUACUGGUUAAAUGUUUUGAGGCAAGCCAGGGCAUGA